UGUAUUGUGAGAACAUAGUCGCAUUAAUUGAAUAUAUCGCUUGAAUUCGAAUGCUUUAUUUGAAAUUGUAACCUAGAAUUAAUUCGAGUUAAUAAUUUCCGACUCCGCCGAUUCAAACAGCCAUAAUUCUUCCGAAUCUUAUGCACCAAUUGAAAUAGUUUGGUUGGCGGUUUCUUUCACGGCAUUUCUAGUGCCAGAGUGGGUUUUUUGUUUCCAGCAAUACAUCUUUGAUCGGUAUUUUUCAGCCAGGGCUAGAAGUAUAGAUAGAAGAAGCUAGUAAGAAUGAUGAAUAGCAGCAGUAACAAUGGAGCGGGUGAUAACAAUCAGUCACAGCAACCUCAAAUCGACAAGACAAAACUUAUUGUCAAUUAUAUUCCACAAUUUUCUACCGAGGAAGAUAUUGGUCAGAUAUUUAAGCAAGUAGGGAAGGUAGAGAGUAUCAAGAUAAUGAGGGACUUUAAGACAGGUUACAGUUACGGAUUUGGUUUUGUUAAGUACUCUACCCCAGAAGAAGCAGCUAAGGCUAUCGAGGUCAUCAACGGAAUGUCUUACAAGAAUAAACGUUUGAAGGUCUCAUACUCGAGACCACCAGGUACAGAUAUGAGAGAUUCCAAUUUAUAUGUUACGAACCUCCCAAAAGAUGUAACAGAACAAGACAUCGACCAGAUGUUUAGCCCUUUUGGAGAGAUAGUUCAACGCACCGUUUUGAAAGAUAAAAUAACGGGAAUGCCUAGAGGUGUGGCAUUUGUACGUUUCUCGAAGGGAGAAGAGGCCCAGAACGCCAUCGCCAACCUGGACGGCAAGAUGCUGGACAAGGCCAUAUUCCCGCUGAGCGUCAGGGUGGCAGAGGACCACGGCAGGCAGAAGGCUCAGUACAUCGAUGUCUGGAAUCCUUUCAUGUACAACAGGGUUCUUUCGCUAGGAAUGUUACCCUUCCGUGGGAUCAUGCCUUUUAGAGACAUGCCGAUGAACAUGUCAAGAGGAAAUUUCCCCAAUCGCUUCGGCCGUUUCAAUAACAUCAGAAACAUGGCGGCGGGCGACAGUUUUCUGCAGACUCCCUUCUAUUUCUAGACGACUGAGAGAGACAGUGAGAAAAAGGGACGAUGCGGCUCAAGAAGUUUUAGAAUUUUUGUUCCCGUCGUCUCCGGUCUGCUUAAAUAUUUCGUUUUUUCUUUUUUCCUCGCGGACAUGUCAGUGAAGAACUACCUAGUAGCGUUUCGGUGAGCCUCGUCAUCAU